AUGUCAAUGAAUUUAAUUAAAUUAAAAUGGCCUAUAAACUUGCAACAGACGUUAUUAGGUGGACAAUCUUUCAGAUGGACACAAAGUGAUGAGUAUUUUAUUGGAAUUUUUGCAAAUAUUGCAUGGAAAAUCAAAGCAGAUGAAUGUGAUUUAAGUUACGAAGUAAUAGGAGAACUACCGUAUCCAACUGAUGCAAAUUGUCUUAGAAUCAAAGUGGAAAAACCGAAGAUUACAUCCAAAAAAGGACUUGUGCUGUAUGAACAAAAGUAUUAUGAGCAGUUGUUGAACAAGUAUUUUCGUUUAGAUAGCAAUUUAGACGAAGAUUAUAAUAUCUGGAUCGAAGCACAUAAACACUUUAAAUCGAAAACAUCAAAGGAUCAAACAUUCAUCACUCAACUCGACCAGGAAAUUGUUGAAACUCUGUUUAGCUUUAUUUGCUCACAAAAUAAUCACAUUUCACGAAUAUCAUCACUUGUAGAGAAAUUGUGCACUAAUUAUGGCGAAUUGAUAUGUUCUACAGAUGGACGAUCAUUUUACAACUUUCCAUCUUUAGAAAAGCUAUCAAAAGAUGAAGAAAUGGAAAGUAAACUUCGUAAUCUAGGCUUUGGAUAUAGAGCAAAAUAUAUUGCAAAAGCAGCUAAAGACAUUUCAAACAAAGGUGGUGUUAAAUGGCUCGAUAGUUUGACAAGACUGAACUAUCCGAAAGCUCACGAUGAGCUUAUAAAACUGCCAGGAAUUGGACCAAAAGUUGGAGACUGUAUAUGCUUAAUGGCACUUAAUUUUCUUGAAGCAGUUCCAGUUGACACACAUAUCAUCCAGGUAGCCCAACAUUAUAUUCCAGAAGUUACAAAAGUCAAAUCUAUGAAUCUCAAGUUGUAUCGUAAAAUUGGUGACACAUUUAGAUCAGUUUAUGGGUUAAAAGCAGGUGUUGCACAAACUGUAUUAUUUUGCAAGGAAUUAAGCAUCUUUAAUGAGGGUGAACCUGUUGAGAAGAAGAAGAAGAAGAAAUAA